CUGUCACUGUCAACAAACGAAUUAAUUUGUCAAAUGGCUGAAAAUCGGGAUUGAGCCUACCUAGUUUUUGUUUAUCCAAAUCGGAAUUUUGCGAACAAUUAAAUUAAAUUUUUAACCAAAUCAUAGGUAUUUGAUAAAUGUGUGUUAAACAAUCGUAAAGUGUUAAUAUCUGGCACUGGCGUCGCUUGGGUAACCUUAAAUAAUAUGGCCUAAGGCCGUCGCUUUUUGAGGUAAAAUAUAUUUUCGGAAGUAUGGAUUCACCUAAUGAUUUACCGAUAAAGAACACCCUUCGACUCGAUGGCGACGCUGAAAAGACUAAUAAUUGCAAGGGAGCUACAAAGCAAAGAGGAACUGACAUUAUUGCUGGAAAUGUGUUUACAUCUGCGACGCACGCAACAGAUUCCAUUUCGACGACACAAAAUGGACCUUUGUCAACACCCUGUGGCUCUUCCUGUAACGAACCUGCGCCGUGUCCAAAGUCAAGUGAGAAUUUAGAGCGCAAUAAAAACAAAAGUGCUAAUAAGAACGGUUCAAAUGGGAACAAUUCGCAUGCCGAUGAAUCGGAGGCCGCAAGUGGGAGCAAACCAAAUCCGAUUGUUACUGACUGUGUCGUUCCGGCUCCUCAACGGCACAGAUCAUGUUCAGAUAAAGCUGGAAAGGCCUGCAUUGCACCAUCAACAAGUGGCCACAGCAGAGACAAAGAAAAUGCCAAAAGCAAGGAGAACAGGAAGAGGCCUUCAACUCUCAAGUUGAAUCGAGCUGAUCCAGAUGCAGAUGAUAGCUCAAGUGAUACUGGCAAUGAUGAUUACUCUUUAGGAUCAGAUGAUGGUUGCAUUUACACUUAUAGAGGUGGACAGCAUUUAGCUGAUUUGCCAAGUUCAUUCUUUAGUUUAGAUAUGGGUCUACCUUCAGACAAGCAAUUGCCAACUGCUCCCAAUUACCAAGCUCCUGCCGCGGCUGCCAGGGAAGGAUCACGAGCAUCAAGCCCUGAUAUGGAGUUUUUGGAGAUGGAUUUUGAUCCUGGCCCAUCUUGUGAAGCUGACACUGGCGAUGAAGCCACUCCUGAUGCUGAUUUAGGGGCAGAAAAUAAUGAACCGCAAAAGAAUGACCCUGGAAUAAGAGAGGGACCGGAGUAUUUGCCAGGGUCUAGCAUCAAUCCGCAGGAUGACCCAAUAGCUUCUGGAUCUCAUGAUGCCGACUUGUACAAUGUGCCAUCAACAAGCCAUGGAUUCAUUUCUGGUCAGGGUGAUGUUAAGGAUGAUUCUAACUCCAGGCCAACUAAUUUUGGGCCUUUUAUAGCUCAUGUGAACGCCCGUGGGGAGAGACUGGUGGUUCGCAGGACCAUGUCACACUGGCCAGCUUCUGCUCCUGUGAAUCUACAUAUCACCAGUGGCAAUCUGGUAUCUCCAGAGGAUAUACCAAACUUUGAGGGAGAACAAUCCGAGGGUCCUUUAGCAUCUCAAAUAAACCAAGGACAGAAGCCAGCUUUGGGAACUGUUACAAUGUCAUCCACAGUCUACCAUCAGAAUAUGGCCAAGAAACUAAUAGAAGAAAAGGAAAAAUUUGGCUCCGAUAAGGAUAAAGAUGCUAAAAAGGCUCCUGAGCCUCACCACGAAGCACCCGGCUCUAGCGCCACAAACGCGAGGUGUGUGGAACCACCGCGAUGCAUGAUAUGGUCGGAACACGAGGCCUGUGAGCGCCAGGUCACACAGAUUGGGACCUCUGCUUGUGGCGCUACGGCGGUUGUGAAUGUGUUUAAUGCAUUGGGUGUGCCAAUAAAUUUGGAUCAAAUAAAUUUGGCGGUUGGCACUAGGCAGAGGGCUAAUAAUGCACCUUUACCGAGGUACGUGCUAUCCCGAGCCGUGGCCGGCUGCACGGCGGCGGACCUCGUGUCAGGCAUCCAGAAGGCCUCCGAAGGCCUGGUCACUGCUAGAUUCUUCCCGACGCAUCCUGAACGGGCGGUCUCGCUGAGCCAUUGGUUGGCUGACUGGAUAACCUUAGGAGCUGUUCCAAUCUUAACUUUGAACCUCCAAGUGGGCUGCGAAGGCGAUAUCCCCGACGCGUGGCACCACCAAAUGGUUUUCGGCGUGUCGCCUCGCGGCAUUUAUCUUUGCAACCCGGUAGAGUGCAUUCGGGAGUCUACCCUGUGGCCUCGUUUGACGUCUCCUUCAGUACUGCUUCUCAGAACUAGAGACGUACUGGCCAGAUACAAUCCGGAGACUGACUUGACGCCGUUGAUGUUUGUACCUGAGAAACGCUUCCAUACAUUCAAUGUACUUGGUCAAGUAGCGAAUGCUAUAAGAGAAUGGCGGGCUAACGGUUGGGUAGAACCUGGUUCACGAACCCAUUACAUCAAGAUACCGGCCGCUUAUCAAGCUGGCAUUACCGUAGCCGCACUGACAGGCACCGAAGCUCACAGAAGGCUCAUGCAUGUACCACAACUACCUAUAGUCAACCCACAAACAGAUCCAGCAUGAAAUAGUAACAAGUCACUUGGUAAGUGAAUUCCAAGUGAUAGUUUUUGAUAUGCGAUGUCACACAAACAUCACUCGAAACAUGAUCUUGUAUACUCGUACGUAAUACUUGAUGUGGAUGCUGGCUCAGCCUAUAGGAAUAAAUGUCCGAAUUUUACUGUUUACUGUAAUCGCUAUAUUUAUAUAUCUAUCCUUUGAAGUAUCAUAGAUCUUCAACUGAAAUGUUUUAUGUAUCGAACUGUACAAUUGUAAUCGAUUGUCAACGUCACGAGGUGGUAGUUUCAUGACUAAGUGAUUUGAAUAACUUUUAGAAAAUCUUUUCCAAACGUACGAUAUCGGUGUUGCCAAUCAUAUUGUUCAACAAAAGACAUUACGAUAGACUUUACUAUAGAAAAUAGGUAAGUAUCAUAUUGGUGUUAAAUUAUAAAUUAAUUGACGAAUAUUUAGCAUUACUCAUCAUAUAAUUAUCCGAGACUUUGAAGUCAUAAGUAUGUACUCUAAUUAAAUACGGUCUGAUAAAAUUGAACCAUAAACAUGUCGCGAUUAUACCUAUUAAAUUAUUAUAUAACUUAGUAGCUUUAUAAAAGACAUACCAAUAUGUAAUCCAAUUAAACAUUUUGAACUAUUAAUAUGAAAUAGGAUUUAUUGUAUUGUAGUGGCAUAUAACUGAAAAUAUUCACCAAUCCAUUCUGAUAUCUUCAAAUUCUUUGAAUACUUUGUGAUUGAUCUAGUACUAAAUAAAAUCAUUGCGCUGCACGAAACAUUUCUAUAUCGUCAAUAUGAGCUUAACAAAUGCAUGAAUACUUGGCAAUUUAUAAUUAUGUUCUUUAUAUUACUUACCUUAAUUCCAUUAGAAAUACCUAAAUAAUUGUUCAAAUACUGUUAUAAUUUAUUUUUAAGUCUUCAUAUCGCUCAAAUAUUUGUUACUUUAUUAUGUACUGUCAGGUCUGAAAAUAAAAAUACAAUUGAUAUAAUUUUAAAUAUUGUUACCAUCGAAUGAAGGUUUAAAAUUAAUCAAAAUGUAUACAUUAUUUUGAGAUAUGUUCGUACCAAAUAGUUUAUCUUAUAAUAAUUCAAUGUUUUUAUCAAACGGAAGCUGUGUAGCAUUGGCUAAAUUUUAUUAGCCACAUAAAAACUUAAGUUGUACAUAAAUUAUUUAAGAAGUAUGUUAUUAUAUUUAGUCAAUUGGUGCUUACUAGUCAAAAUUAUAUUAGCACAUGUAAUCUGUAAUCGUUGCAACACACGUAUUUACUUUUAUGUCAAUGUAAUUUGCACUUAAUACUGUAAGGUAUGAUGAACGUGAUACAGGGACGUCUCCAAGUAUUCACUUUGGGGACAGAGUGAGGUAGGUACAAUAAGAGUACAUUUUUCGAACUCGUUACGCGGAAGUCGAUUAUUUAUAUACAGAGAAUGGAACUCACCAUAAAAAUUCUCAGGAUCCUGAAGUAAAACAAAGGCAGAACUAAUGCGUCUUUGUGCUAUUGAUCAAUUUCUUAGUAUUUAAUCAACCAGUGAGAUGUUUCAUGUACUCAAUUAUUGUAAAGCCCCAUGGCUGGUAUAGAUAAUACAUCCGUUUCUCGCAAAGCCCUUAAAGAUCACAUUAUUAAGUUCCGUUUAGGGUGAAUAGCUAUGUUUUUUUUUGGAAAUACAUUUGCUCAUUACCCGUUUAAACUUCAAGGUUCAAAAAAUAAUGUGACAUUAUUUUGUUUGAGGGGUUCACCAUAUAUUUACCAAAAUCAUCUCACUUGGUUCUAUCUUGUGUACCUUCCUAUAUUAAUGUCAGUCAUAGGAUAUUUAUCAUUAAGUACUAUUGUGUAAGGGUGGUAUUACUUCAGCCCUUACCUAACUCGAUAUAGGAGCAAUGUUAUGUAUAACAUUAUAUUUUUGGAAUAUACUAUCG